AUGUCUGCCUUUGCCCCCUCGACGCUCAACCCGCGCAUCCAGCAUGUCCAGUACGCCGUCCGGGGUGAAAUCGCCAUAAAGGCAGAGAAAUACAGAGAGCAGCUCAAGAAUCCAAACCAUGGUCUCCCGUUUGACCGAGUGAUCACGGCAAACAUUGGAAAUCCCCAGCAGAAGGGCUUGGACCAGCCCCCCCUGACGUUUGGAAGACAGGUCGCCGCCCUGCUCGAAUAUCCCCCACUCAUGGAUAGCGGCAAGGAUCUGUUCCCAAAGGAUGUAGUCGCGCGUGCUCGUGAGCUCUAUGGAGAAAUAGGCUCAAUUGGCGCGUAUACGCACUCUCAAGGAGUCCCCUUUAUCCGUAAAAAUGUCGCAAAGUUUAUCGAAAAACGAGAUGGCUACCCGUCCAACCCCGACCACAUCUUCCUCACUGCCGGGGCCUCUUCCGGUGUCAAUCUCCUCAUCAACUUUCUCGUUUCAGACGACAAGUCUGGAAUCCUGAUUCCAAUCCCUCAGUAUCCUCUCUACACUGCAACCCUUGCGCAAUACGGUGGCGUGCCUUUACCGUAUUAUCUUGACGAGACAGAACGCGGCUGGGGAACCAAUACGGCAGAAGUGGAGAGAGCAAUCACAAAGGCAAUCGAGGAAGGUAUCACCCCAAAGGCCCUCGCCAUCAUUAACCCCGGCAAUCCUGUCGGUUCCGUCCUCACUUAUCAGGAGCAGGAGUCUCUUGUUCAACUUUGUGAAAAGUACAACGUUGUACUCCUCGCAGACGAGGUCUACCAGUCCAAUAUUCACACGCGCGACAGCCAUUCCUUUACCUCGUUCAAAAAGGUAGUUCGCGAUCUCAAGUCGGACGUACCGCUCGUCUCUUUCCAUUCAAUUUCCAAGGGCGUCACAGGUGAAUGCGGUCGACGAGGUGCAUACUUUGAGUGCACAAACGUACCCGAGGAGACGGUGGCUCUCCUAUACAAGAUGGUCAGCGUCGGCCUCUGUCCUGCCGUUGGUGGCCAGGUCGGUGUUGACUGCAUGAUACGCCCUCCUGUCGAGGGAGAGGAGAGCUACCCACUUUGGAAGGAAGAAACAGACCGCAUUCAUAAAGCACUCGCGGAGCGCACAGUCUUAAUGGCGUCCCGCCUAAAUGCCCUUCCGGGCAUGUCAUGUGCUCCUUCCCCGGGUGCACUAUACCUGUUCCCUCGUCUUCACCUUCCAGAGCGUGCCAUUCAGGCGGCAAAGGAGGCCGGGCGCACACCCGACAAUUUCUACGCCAUCAAUCUCUUGGAUCAGACGGGUAUCUGCGUCGUGAGUGGCGAUGGAUUCGGCCAGAGAACAGGAGAGGCCCAUUUCCGUCUGACUUGCCUUUGCGCUGGUGUCGAGGAGUACGUUGACAAGCUCGAGAAAUUCCAUCGCCAGUUCAUGGAGAAGUACCAAUAG